AUAGGUGGUGGGGGGAAUCCGCUGAUUCCUUCCUUGCAGCAGUCCGGCGAGGAUCCCUCAAAAAAAAAAAGCAGUCCGGCGAGGAGAGAGAGAGAGGGCGAGAUGGGGUCGGUGGUGCUGCCGACGCUGCGGCGGAAGCGGGAGGUCGACACCGCCAUCCGCGACACCCUCGACAAGGUCCUUGUCCUCCGAUUCGGCCGCGCCUCCGACGCCGCCUGCCUCCAGCUCGACGACGUCCUGGCAAAAUCUUCUUGGGACAUAUCCAAAUUUGCAACGGUAGCAUUAGUUGACAUGGAUUCUGAGGAGAUUCAGGUGUAUGUUGACUAUUUUGAUAUCACGUUGGUCCCAGCAAUCAUUUUUUUCUUCAACGCUCAUCACAUGAAAAUGGAUUCAGGGACACCUGAUCAUACAAAAUGGAUAGGCUCUUUCAGCAGCAAGCAAGACUUCAUUGAUGUAGUCGAGGCAGUGUUCAGGGGCGCGAUGAAAGGCAAACUGAUAGUGUCUUGCCCACUUCCACCAGAGAGGAUACCCAGAUUCCAGCUUCUUUUCAAGGAUGUGUAAUCACAAGAAGCACACAUUCUCAACAUAUGUAAUGGUCUUUUAGAUAAUGGAAGAGUUUCAUCCCCCCAUCCUCUGCAUACUUAUCCACGCAGCCAGACCUAAAGAAUAAACUGUUCAUGGUAAGCUAAAAAGGGUAUACUUGAGCCAGGUUCGUGCUAGCUGGUGCAUUCCUUUUUCCGUUUUUCUGCAACAUGAAUGAUCACAAGAGAUGGACUGCAGGGGGUGCUUGUUGAUGAACAAUCAAGAGUUGGCGUUUGCACUGGUUUGCAUCAACUAUGUUUCUCUAUGUUAUUUUUAUAGCAUAAUAAUACAGCAAUUGGUGUUUUGCCCUCUCUAGUCUGUUAGUUUGGUACAAGCCUGAUUAUAUUUUGUUUGUGAAGUGAUACUAUCAAUUAUCACAAUUGACAUGUGCAUGGCAUUCUCCCUAGUCUGUACAGUUCUGUAUUUCACAAACUAGAAUGGUCUCAACUGGGUGCUUAUUUGACUGUUAAUUUGGUA